GUUUUACCUUCGAUAUAGACGUGAAGAGUAAUGCUUUCACUCCUAUAAGAUUCAAAUUCUCCCAUUCAGAUGACCAUACUAACGAUCAAUUCGUCAGAAGGUCAAUGGGAUAUCCCGGAAUUGUUAAGAAAUUUGUGACUAUAAAUAAGAAUCGUGUACCAGUUCAAAUAAACAUCAUUUCCAGUUCAAAAAGCGAUAUUGGAAGUCGUGUAUCAAUUGUAUUACAAUGGCCAAGUUGAUUUGCUUGUUGGUUUUGGCAUUUGCUGCCUGCAUGGUAGCUGGUCUUUCUCACCAAGAUGUAAACACCAUGCUACAUCGAACUGCACGAGCUGCUAAUCCUAAUCCACAAUAUGGACAAGAUAUCGUCAUUCCUGGUCCUGGACAUUAUAGUGGAUAUAAUCAUGGUGGACACGGUUUCGGUGGACACGGUUUCGGUGGACAUGGUUAUCCUUCCAGAUCACAAUUCCAAACACAUUGCCCUCAUGGCAUCCGUGGUCCUUGUCAUGUGGAUGAAGUUAUUCAUAAUCAUCCAACAUAUUAAAACAUGAAAUUAUAACUUGAAUACAUCAAAAACAUUUAUGAUUUUUGAUUAAAAGUGUUGUCAAUUUUUUGCUUGAAUAAAAUAUUACAAAACUAGUACACAA